AAAUCGCGGGCUCUGAUCGUUUACAGAAUAAAAUGUCUCUGGGUCGGAGUAACAGCACUGGUGUACUGGCUGCAGGGAAACGAAGACCACGCCCACUCAAGAUAGGAGGCGGGGUAUCCAGACUCUCGGCUAUAGAACUCUCAUCUGUAGAAGAUGUAAUAGUUUUAAUGGAAAAUAUGGUUGGACAGCUUAACAAUAGAAACUACGAGUAUUUGGUUCUAUCAUCCCUUGCUAGACUGUGUGAAAGUCUGAAACAGUGCGGACCUCAGCUUGAAACCCUUUAUCAGGAUCAGUUGGAUAAACUCGGUAUAGCGGUCAGAGAUGCUUGCAGAGACGGAGAUUUAGAUUUGAUGAGCAGAGUUCAACUCCUGGAGAUCAUUGAACUCAGAGCUAUGAACUGGGUACACAAUGAAAACACCUCCGCUUACUUCAGGCAGAAAUUCUCGCAGAUAGAACAGGAUACAGGGAUGAGUCCAAUGAUAGAACUCAGAUCAGCACAGACAGCACCAAUAAGUUUGAACGCGAAUGCUCCGGAUUUUAAUCCAACCCUCUCCGGAGUUAUUCUUCUUAAACCCGGAGAAAUUAUAACAACGUCUGGCAGGUUUAUUCAGCCUACAAAAAUACCCGGGAAAACAUACUUUAAAGAUGAAAUAGUGAUUAGAAAUGCUGACUCCGGUAAGGUGAUGGGACUGAAGGGAAGACGGGUUCAUCUAAUAGAAGAGAUAACAGAGACAAUUAUUUCCUUCCAGAGGGUAGUUCCUGGAGCUAAGGAGAGAUUAGUUCAGAUAACAGGUCCAGCACCUGAUAAUAUUCUUCAAGCUAAACGGCUGAUUGAAGAUACAAUAAGGAGAAACCAGAGUCCUGGCAGAGAGGAUGGAGCAGAGAGUCCUCAGGAUAUCAGUCCUUCAGAUGACUCCAGAAGGAACACCUUAACUGCAGAACAGAGGGACAGGAACUCCGUAUCCAUCACAGAAUACAAGUACACAGUUAAUAUAGGAGACAAUCAUAUUAAGAUUACAGGAGGAUCCCUGGACCUAGUGAGGACUGCUAAACUCGUCCUGGACGAAUAUUUUUCGCUCUCCUCUAGUCCUCUUACAGCAGAAACCAAUAUAGAUGAUAUUAUACUACCCGGAUAUAAACCUAAUGCAACCCUCUCAUCACAUCCUUUACAUCAAUACUCAUCCCAUCCUCUCUCAUCCAACCCUCUCCACAAUUUCUCCAACAAAUCUUCUCAUCAUUUCUCAUCCAACCCUCCCCCUCUCUACUCAUCCAAGUCCUCCUCUCAUCUAAUCCAGGAAUCUGCUUUUUCCACUAUUGCAAGGCCUAAGAAGUCUGCUGGUCGUGCCCCUGAACCAGAGAAAAGAUUGGUGUAUUCGCGCGAAGAACUGCUGAAAUACUCACUGAGUAAGUUCUCCUCCGUGAUACCUGAGAAGUUCUCCGUCCUUGACCAGGUUCAGGAACCGGAACAGAGAAUUAUCCUAAAACUUAGAACUCAGAAGUUCAACGGUAUCAAGUAUCUGAAUGAUGGUUCGAAGAUAUUCCAGGUGGAUUAUGUUCGUUCUUAUCCGGUAGAAUUCGAGGAUCUACUAUAAGAUAGAGAUAUCUUUAAAAAUGUAUAAAUUUUGCCAUAAAAAUAAAUUUUUUUGAUAUUUUUC